GCCAUUGUGCCAUUGUUGUUUUACUUAUUAUUAUUUCUGUGCUGAAGAGAAAAAACAAAAUGACGAAAUUAUCGAUUAUUUAGUUAAAAUUUAAGAAAAAUCCCAAAAUAAAUAGAAAUUUAUUAUUAUUUAAAUAUUGUUCCGCUAUAAUGGAGUUUAAAGUAUAUGUUGAGGGAAUACAAAGAAUCGUAUGCGGAGUUACAGUUAAUACCACCUGUCAGGAUAUUGUUUUUGCAUUGGCUCACGCGACAGGCAAAGUUGGAAGGUUUACAUUAAUUGAAAGAUGGAGAAACAAUGAGAGAUCAUUAGCACCAAAUGAAAACCCUUUAAAAAUUUUACUUAAAUGGGGUGAAUAUGCGAAUGAUGUUCAGUUUAUAUUACAAAGAUCGGAUCAAAUAAAAAAAGAUGACAAAUUUACUCAGCAGCAGAGAGAUACAGCAUUAGCUCAGAGUAGUAGUUCAAAAUCUCCGGAAAAAAAUUCUAUUGAGUUUUCUCCUUUAGAUCGAUCAAAAGAAUACAGAAAAAGUUUUGGUUCGAUUGAAACAAAGCAGGUAGAAAAUAUUGGAAUUGUGAAAGGAAUUCCUCAGAAACAGUCAAACAAUUUGCAGCAACAAAACCCACAUCAAUCUCCCAGCAACUCUCCACAAAAAAUUAAUGUUAAGCAUGAAAAGACACCGUCAAGUAUUAGUUUACCAUUAUCAAAUGAUGAUAAUAGCAUGUUUAGUGCAAAUUCUAAUGAAAUUAAUUUAGCAGAAGUUAGAAAUUCAUUAGAUCGCAGAACUGGAAAUAAUUUAUAUCAAAAUGAAUUAGUUCAAGUUAAAAAUUCUAGCAAUGAAAAUCUUUUAGAUAUGUUAAAUGUUAACAGAGUUAAUAGUAUUACGUCACCAUCAUCAUCUCCUCAACAAUUACAACAGCCACAAAUUUCAUCAAAUGGUGCCUUAGUACCACCGCCAUAUAGAGAUCCUCCACCACCUCGAAACAGCCCCCUUCAAAAAAUGGAUUCCUAUAAUAACAACAGUAGUAGCAAUUCAAAGAAAUCAACAGAUAACAAAGAUAAUAUGAAUCUUGCUACUUACUUUAAUAUAAAUGAUUUUGAUUUAAAUGAAAAUGUUUUGCAAAACAUCCAAUAUAAAGAUUUGAUACAAUUAAUUAAAUUGCAAAGAGAUAAAAUAAACUCCCAGCAAGCUGAUUUAACCAAAUAUGACGCAGAAAUAGUUUACCUUGAGAGUAAAGAACGAGAUCAAGUACAAGAAUUAGAAUCCAUAUCUAGAGAAAUAAGCAAAACGGAUCAAAUGUUUAGGCAAGGCAAUGAACAGCUGCAAACUUUACAAUAUGUUGAAGAGGAAAAUGAGCUUGUUAAGCAACAAGAAAAGACUUUAAAAUCCGAGAUAACGCUACUAAGGUCAAAAUUGGCGAAUUGUGAGACUGAAUUACUUCAAUGCAAAAAUAAAAUUCGCUUACUUAUGGACGAAAUUCAAAUUGAACAAAGACAACUUAGUAAUAGACAAAAGGAUAACAGACAAAAUGUUGAAAGAAAUUUCUUAAGUGAAAUGGAACGUAUACAAACUGAAAUAGAUCUUGCUAUUCAAAAUACAGAAUCAUCAACCAAAACUACAGAAAAUUUGAAAAAGGAAAUCAUUUUAAUAGAGAAUGCUAUUGCAGAGAAAAAACGUCAAGUUGAACAACUUGUUAAUGAAAUGAAAGAAGUUAAUUUACAAAGUUUAACUGUAACACCAUCUGAUGAAAUACGACAUUUACUUGAAGGUUCUAAUCGACCAGGAAGUACACGUCGUAUUAUUGGAUCUCCAAGACAACUUGAAAAUGCUGUUCCAACAAGCAAAAAUCCACAUGGUGUUUGGGUAUAAAUUAGAUUUGUUUUCAAAUACAAAUUGAAUAAUUUAAAAUAAUAUCCAUUUGCUGCUUUUUGCAACAAAAGAAAGCAGUAAAUAUUCAAAUUUCUGCACAUUUUACUCUAAAAUUAAAAAGUUAGUUUAAAUAGAAAAAUUGUAGUUAAGAAAAUUUUAUAGUAUUUAAUUUUCAUUUAUUUUUUUUUUUUUAUUAUUAUUAAGUAUAAAAUAAAAAAAGAAAAGGAGAAAGUGUCACAACAAAUUUUUUGGUGUAAUAAUGGAAGUUUAUUUAAAUUAAAUUAAAUAAUUAUAUAGAUAAAUGCUCAAAAAUUAAGUAUUGGACAAUUAUUUCGUGGGGAAAUUUCCAAAAUGAAAAGCUAAUAAAAUUUAAUAAAUUCUUCAAUAACAGUUUUACUGAUAAUGAAAAGAUAAUAAUUUUUCAUUUCCACAUGAAAUAAAAUAUGCUUAAUGAAACCUCAUACAAAACUGGAAAUAUUUUCCAGAAAUCUAUAAGUUUCUAAUGAUAUAUAUAUAUGGUACUUACAGAAAAGCUUGUUUUCAAGCAAAAUUGGUUCUUUUUUUUUUACAAAUUGUUGCCGUUUUUUUUAUAAUUUUUUUUUAUUAUAAAUAUUUGCAUUAAUAAUUUUUAUAUUAUAUUUUAAUAUUUUUUAAUUUUAAAAUAUUUAAAUGUGAUAGAUAUUCUUUCCAUUUUUAUUUUUCUCCAAUAUAUUUUUUAUUUUUAGGUUUAAAUAUAUUAUAAAUUUUAUUUAGAUAAGUUUUAAACGUUCAGAAGUACAAUUAACAUUUUAAUUUUUUUAGUUUUUUUUUGCGUGAGACGUAUAUUUUCCUCCGUCCACAAUAAUAUUAUUCGGAAUAAUAUGAAAAUAAAGAAAUGUUUUGGUUAUUAACAUUAAAAAAAAAAGUCUGAUUUUUCUUAAAAAAUUGUAAAAUAUAUUAAAUUUAAAAAAAAAUUUUCGGAGCUUUGUUAUAUAAUAUAUUAAAAAUAUCUUCUGAACGUUAAAUGUUAAAAUUAAUACAUACAUUAGUUUGAAUAUAGUUGCUACAACUGCCUUUAUUAUUUUACAUGCAAUAUUAUUUUGUAAAAAUGCACUU